AUGAAAAACGGACGAUAUCCCACACUCUUAAAAACACGUGUAGGGGGCAUUUCAGCUCGAGUCAAUAGCCGCUUCAUUCUGCGUGAUCAGAUUGCAAAAGGUGGAGUAAACCAGGCACCACGUUCAAAGGUUCAAACGCAAGAGGCCUCGUGUUUCCCUCGGGUUCGGGAACAAACCGAGAGUGGCACAUGCUUGUCUCCUGAUCUUACCCUCGACAUCGACAAAGGAUCAUCGCAUCAGGGUACACAGGAAACACCCAGGUCCGCUGUCCAUUGCGGAAAAAUGCGGUAUCGACGGUCAGAUAGCGAUUCAUCUCAUGAGAUUGUAGCCGUUCCAGCCCCCGUGGCUCGCAGACACAGACAUCCCCGAGCACCGACGACAGUCCAGAUCGUGAAUGAUGACUUUGAUGCUGUAACCCAGGACGUCGACUUUGAGACUACGUCGGAGAUGCGGGGGUUUGAUGGUAUCACGCAGGUGCAUGUCCACAAGGAGGAGGUAGAAGAUGCCGCACGAUAUAGUGGGGUUUAUGGGGAGGAAUAUCUUUACGCCGAGGAGCUUGCGAGGCGCGUGCUUGAUGCGGGGCUUAACGAUCAAGAGACCGUACAUUCAUCGGACAAGCGGCAACAGAAUGCAGGCACUAUAAAGCGCCAUGGAUCCGACGCAAGAUCGAAAGUCAUGGAACGCGGAACGAAGGUCUCGAUGUGGAGGGAAGAUGUUGCGAGAAACGAUAAGGAUGAAUUCGGGAACGUGGUUGGAAAUAUCGCCGCCGAUGCCGCUCAACGGACCCAGGAGUGGCGAAGCAAGUCGCCGCCAGUACCCAGAGAUAUAGAGAACCUGAAAUCAGGACUCAGAAGAAGCCGCUCGAGUGUUUCUCAGACAUAUCGCUCGGAGAGAAUAUACACACCGUCUGAUCUCAACACAAACUGGUCACCUCAGGGGAAGAAAGCAAAACGCGACAAACGGGGUGCUCCUCCAAGCCCGACACGUUCUGAACGGAUAUAUACAAUGGCUGAACUCAAUGCUCUAUCCAAACAUAUCAGAACCUCACCACUACAACCACAGCCAGCCACCUUUCCGCAAGAACCAACACCAACCAGGAGUUCCAAUAGCAACAGUACCUCGCCUCCACGUAGCCAUCCUAGUAGAGGCUGGCCUUCUGCACCCGUGAUGGGCGUUCGUUCAACUUCUACAUCAUCGGUUGAAAUGGUGCUUGCGUCCUGCGAACCGACAUUGCUUCAUAUAGCGCCUGUACUUGCUAGUCUCGGAAUUCGGCGCGAGGAACACCUACGUGCAUUUGCCCGAUUGCGAGAGGAAACGAGGGACAGAGAGAUGAAGGAGGAGGUGUUGAAGAAAGGGGUGACUGUACUUGAGUGGGCGAUUUUGAUGGACAAACUUCAGUCUUUUUGA